AUGGAUUUGACAUCUUUAUCACCAACAUUUUCAGAUGCAGAUCUGACAGUAUUACAUAUUGAAUGUCUUCCUAAGGAUAUUCUUGUGAAAUUUCAAUGCAAAAAUAAUAAUGAAUGUCAGUUUGAUUACCACAUUUUGCAGAAGGAAAUACAACAUAUUCCAAAAGUAAAAAAUAAUGUCGAUAUUGAUGAAUUUUGUUUAGUGGAAGAAAGAGUAACUGGAGAAUGGCAGAGAGGAAGAGUGUUAGAGAAGAGAAAUGAACUCUAUACAGUGCUCCUCAUAGACCAGGGAGAAGAACUGAGAGUUGAUAGUACUCGGAUUGCUUCAGCUUGUGAUAAUUUAUUUGAACUCCCACCACGGGUGGUAUUUGGUAUUUUUGCCAACAUACUUCCUGUUGGGGAAAAAUGGUCUCCUAAGGCUUUGAAUUAUUUCAAAUCAUUAGUGGGAAUAAAAUUGAAAGGCUACAUACAAGCUAUUUUGCCUCUGCAGAUAAUUCUUCUGGAAGUGCCAAAAGUUAUUUCUGGUGUUCUUGAAUUACAAUUAGGAAGAUUUAUUGAUGGAGAUUCAUUUCGUCUUAUUGUAGAAAUGUUAAAGGAAUUCCCUCAACAUGUGGCAAGUUUCUUGCAACAUAGAAGACCUGAAUUGUCAUUGAGUAGUAACAGUACUUUACUUGGUAGUCAACAUGUCCUGCAUAACUUCCAGCCUUCUCUGUCAAUAGGAAGUUUGGGCAGUGUAAAGGUAUCAUCUGCACUGAGCCCAGGUAAAUUUUAUUGUCAAUUAAUUAAAUGGAUUCCAGAGCUAGAAAACUUCACAGAGCGCAUGAAUUUUUAUUAUGAUGUGAUAAGUCAAGACACAAGUCCCACAUAUGAUAAUUUUGGAUUACUUUGUGUUGCUAAAAGUACAAAUGGACAGUGGCAAAGGGGAAUUCUUCAGCAGCUCUUGCCCAAUAAUCAAGUGAAAAUUUGGUUUAUGGAUUAUGGCAGCAGUGAGGCUGUACCUUCGAUUCAUAUAAAGAAAUUGAAAGAGGAUUUUCUGUUAGAACCACUGUUUUCAUUUCCAUGUUCUCUGACAUAUUUACACAGUCCAGACAGAGAUGCAAGGAAACAUCAACUGACUAUAUUUAAGCAAGCCUUGUUAGGGAAAAUAAUAUAUGCCCACAUUGACUGGUUCAGUAAUGAUGAACAUUUGUAUUAUGUGACAUUACAAAGUCAAGAAUCUACAAUUAAUUCUCGAUGCCUAUGGAAACUGGUAGAUACACAAGUACUUUGUCUUGGGUCUGAUUGUAACAUUUCCAAUGUCUUGAGUGAACCACUUCCAUCUGAUAUAGACACCUUUGCAGGUAAUGGCAUUAUUGGAAAUGUUGAACAUUUGAUAGGUGAUAUAAGUAAAACAGAAAAUUUAAAAGAUUUACCUAUCAAAACUGUAAAAGUGGAGAUAGAGACCACCUAUAUAGCUUUUGUAGUAUAUGUACUGAACCCAUUAGAUUUCUGGGUACGCAUUAAUGAAUACCAAAAUGAGUUUCAAGAUUUAAUGAAAAACAUAAAUAAAUUUUAUGAUUUAAAUGAAAAUGAGGAACUAAUUCUGAGAAAUCCUAAACCUGGAUUAUUUUGUUGUGCUAGAUAUAGCAAGGAUGGAUGUUUUUACCGAGCUGCCAUCACUGAAAUUAAUGGGUAUAAUAUUAAUGUUUAUCUCUUGGAUUAUGGAAAUAUAGACUCCAUACCAUUUUUUGAUGCAAAAAUUUUGCUUCCAGAAUUUUGUGAGUUGCCUGCCUUAGCUAUACACUGUUCACUUGCGCAUAUAUUUCCUGUUGAAGAUUUAUGGAUUAAAGCAGCAGUUGAUUAUUUUAAAGAAAUUGUUUUGAACAAAGAAAUUUUGCUUCAAGUUAUAGCAAAAGCCAAUGAAAAGUACAUGGUAAAUAUUCAGAUUAUUGAAACCUCAGAAGAUACUGAUGUUGUUUCUCUUAUGUUGCAAGCAGGAUAUGCAGAAUCUUGGGAUGUGGAACCACAAAAUUUUCCAAAAUGUACAAGAGAAUAUUCAGUUUUAAAUUUGAAACCUAAAAACACAGUCAGUAUAAAAAAUGUCAUACCAACCUUUCUCAAAACAACUAAAUAUAAAUCUUACCGUUCAAAUAAACUGAAAGAAAAUAUCUCAUCUUUGUACACAUUCUCAGAUUUAGGAAGUUCUUUUAACUUGUUUUUUGGACCUGACUCAUCACUACCUUAUAAAGAAUAUAUGUUUAGUCCAGGAAAACUUCUUGAAGUCAAAUGUUCUUAUUACUAUGGCCCAGGUGACUUUUCAUGCCAGCUCCAAUGUAAGUUAGAAGACCUAAAAUUACUAAUGGAACAAAUCCAAGAUUAUUACAGCAUUCAUUCUGAGCCAUAUCAGAUGGGACAAACUGCUUGCAUUGCCAAGUAUUCCAAAGAUGGAAAGUGGUAUCGAGCUGCUAUUUUGAGUCAAGUAUCAGAAAAAGAAGUUGACAUAGUAUUUGUUGACUAUGGUAAUCCAGAUAGAGUUUUAAUUAAAGAUCUUUGUGCUAUUAACCCACAUUUUCUUGUUCUAGAAGCACAAGCCUUCAGGUGUUGUCUUAACUAUUUAGUUGAACCCAUUACUUGUAAAUUAUUAGAUUGGACACUAGAUGCAUCCAGAGACUUUGAACAUUACAUAUUGUCAUCUAGAGGGUUAUUCACAUGCAUCAUCUAUGCCUUAGUUCUGAUACAUCCUAUGUGUUUAUGUAGCAUAGUGGAUUUGAAAACAUCGCUUACUAGUGCAAAUGAAUUUCUAACUUAUCACAGCUCCACACAGUAUAGCAUGUUAGUAAAACCAUUCCCAUUCUCAGUUAGCCUUUACAGUUAUUAUUAUUCUUCCUUUGAUAUAAAAAUUGGAAGUGAAGAAGAAAUAUAUAUAUCCCAUGUAUAUAGUCCCCAAAAGUUCUACUGCCAGCUCUGUAGAAAUAGUAAUGAUCUAGAAAUGCUUGAGACAAGAAUUGUCGAGAUGAUAAGCCUCAAAAAUUGUCCUAAGUAUGACUGCAGGAAAAUGAGACUGUGCAUAUCUAAGUAUGUAGAGGAUGGUCACCUGUACAGAGCUUUAGUUAAGCCACAAGAGUCAUCAUGUGACUUUCUGGUUUAUUUUGUGGACUUUGGCAAUGAGCAAUUGGUAGAAAAAAAUAUGUUGUGGGGCAUUUCUAAACAUUUUCCAGAGCUGCUGUUUACUCCUAUGCAAGCAAUUCAAUGCUUUCUGUCUGAUCUUAGAGAUGUAGAUAUUCCUGAAGAAAUCAAUAGGUGGUUUGAAGAAAAUUGCUUAGGCAAACCAUUAAAAGCUGUAAUAAAGUCUCAGGAAUCAGAUGGCCAACUCGGUAUAGAUUUAUAUGAUGGAUAUCAACAUAUAAAUCAGACAAUAAAAGUGAUGCUCAAUGCUUUUGGAGAAAAGGGUCCUCAACGAGCACAAUGUGUAGAAAAGAGUCAGAGAUUAAAGACUGCUACUCCUUUGAAAGGAAAAAUAUAGGAUAAUGACCACUGUAAUAUAAAUCAAACAAGCUCAGAAACAUAUUCUGAAAAGAAAACAGAUCAAUUUAUGGUUCCCAAGUAUAUAUGCAUAUAUGCCAGGAUUUUUUAAAUUGUACCCGUGUCAAAAAACAAAGUGAAGAAGUCUUUGAACAAUAGACUUAAAAAUUAAAGUGUGGAAUUUGUCCCUGCAUCUACACAUGUUCUUAAAGGAAGUGCUGUGGAUCCCUAAUCAGGUAUGGUGCUGUCCCAGCCAUUUAUCAGAGACUUAAGUCAAGCAGCCUUACAAAACCCAUGUGUCCUUAAUAGACCGCAGAUCAAUGACCUUCUUCAGCCCCACAUUUACUUGAAGACCCAAGUUAAAGGUCAUGUCUCUAAUAAUACUAGUAGCCCCACAACUUUUUAUUUUCCUACUGCUGAGAAUGAAAAUGUACCUAUUGGACUUAGAGAUGUUCUAAAUGAAAGAAGACAAAGUAGAGUGAAAAAGUAGAGCUCAGUGAACCUUCUGGUGGAACACCUUGUAGUUACAGCAUUCUCUGGUCAUAGUGCCAUUUUCAGAGCAGUUGUGAAGGAAAUCUUGCCUGGCUAUUCUUUUGAAGUAGAGUUUCUUUCUUUCUCUCUUUCUCUCUCUCUCUCUCUCUUUCUCUCUCUCUCUCUCUUUCUUUCUUUCUUAAUAUUUUUUCAGCUAGAAAUCCAUUCUUUUGUGAGUGCAAUAAAAUGGAAUGGACCUGAUGAAAUGAAUAGCAAAAUUGUGGGUUAUUUUGCCUUAAAGGUAAGUAACAUGCCAUUUUCUUACAUAUUUUUGAAAAAGCAUGAUUAGCACUGGGGGUUAAACAUAAUUUGUGAUAAUAGAUAUGUUGUUGAUGGAUUACCUGAAUGGUCAACAUGUAAGAAACUAUGGAAGACAGUGUUGCAAAUUUCUCAGGUUGUCUCUCAACAAGUCAGCCCCUAUGAUGAUAAUGAAAAGAGGAGAGUAGGAUCAAAUGAACAUGAAAUUUCUGUGAUUCUCCAGUGAUCCUACCAACAACUGGUUGAAAUUCCUUUGAAAUGUUAAGACCUGGAAAACUCGAAAAAGCUGAAAUACUUUACAUUUCAGAGUAGAAGAUUUUAUGUGAAGUUAUUAAAAUUUUUAAAAAAGAGAUCAGAUUUGAUAGUAUUAAUUACUAAAGAACACAGCUCUUCUUUCUUGUCUAUGGAAAUUGAAAAAGAAUGUCAAAAAUCUAAAAUGUUAAAGUAUUAUUGAUCAAAAAUAGGAAAAAUGUAUGUUGAUGAUUUUUUAUUUGCAUUGAAGGAUUAAAUAGUACCUGUAAACCAAGGCACACAGUGAAGAAUCAGAAACGUUCCAAGGCAAGUUGUGCCUUGUAAGUAAAUAUGGUUUAAAGAUUCUAAGAAAAUGACUUUGGAAUUCAUUGUAUGAUUUGCUCAUUUGGAAAUAAACAUCAUUUUCCUGAAAUGUUUAGAUUGUAUUUGAGAAAUAACAUUUUUGGUAGAUGGCAUGCUGCUUUUGGAAUAUUUAAAUUUGCAUAUAGUUCAAGGGAAAGAGAAUGAGCUGCAAUCACCAUGGAUGAUUUCUAGUGUGGACUCCACAGACUCUCAUGUGACCAAGUACACUACAAUCCUUUGAGUACAAUUCCAGAAUGGUGGGUGGUAUUCUGGUGUUGCCAUACUGGCCCAUCUAUCUUACUUCUGUGUUAAGUUAGAAGAUUUGUUUGGUACAGGAAAGUAUGUCUUUGUGUUGCUUUUAGAUCUCCCAGAAAUUAUAAACAUGCUUCCAGAACUGAUAAUUCUGGGUUUUAAUUGCUUGUUAAAAAAUGAAUUGGAAGAUCAGUGGAACAUAGAAGAAAUUUCUAGCAUUUCUGAUAGGUCUUUACUUAUUCUGUUGAUUGACUAUGGAUAUCAUCUAUCCAUCUCUACUGUUUAUAUAUUUGAUUUAGAUGUAAUAAAUGUUCAAGUUGUUCUGGAGGAAAUGCAUAAUUUUCUGGCAGGCUCGCCAUGUAUCUUAUGCAGCAUUUUACCUGCUCCAGGGAAGCAUGGGAACAAAGAAGCCAGAAGACCUAUACAGCAUUUCCUAAGCAAACUGGGUAUAGUUCUUCAUGUUAGGGAGUGUGAUUCUGAAGCAAAAUUGGAAGCAGUUGUCACUCAUGAGGCAAUCAGUUUGGUGGUUACACUAGUUGCAUAUGAUAUGAUGAUGUAUUUUGAAAUUCAGCUCCUCUUGAAACAAUUACUAAAACUGGAUCUACUAAAAUGCAGUAUGAAGCACAGAGAAAUCCUAUUUUUCCACAGUUAG